GCUUAAAGCCUGUCUGUUAUCUAGCUGUCAUCCAGUGACAGAGUCCGGGGACAGGUCGAAAAUGUUGCUUGGCUUGAAACUGAGCCGUCGGCUGCUUUCUCGUCGCCACUGCCUCCUCCAGUGUCGCAGCAUUCAAACGGAAAACACCGCCAGGAGUGCCGUUCUGGACAGCGUGCUGUCUGCAUUCAGGUCUAUAUGUGGCGAGGACGGCGUCUCAUUGAGUGAAGCCGUCAGAGAGCAACACGGCAAAGACGAGUCUAUGCACAGAUGUUGCCCCCCAGAUGUGGUGCUGUUUCCCCGUUGUGUGGAGGAGGUCAGUUCCCUGGCAAAGAUCUGCAGCAGCCACCGCCUUCCCAUCAUCCCCUUUGGCACUGGAACCGGCCUGGAGGGAGGGGUCAGCGCAGUCAAGGGUGGCGUGUGCUUCAGUCUGAGGAACAUGGACCAGGUUCUGGAUCUCCACCAGGAUGAUUGUGAUGUGACAGUAGAGCCCGGUGUGACUAGGAAGGCCCUCAACGCCUACCUGCGAGGCACCGGCCUGUGGUUUCCUGUCGAUCCCGGGGCUGACGCCUCUCUGUGUGGCAUGGCUGCCACCAGUGCGUCUGGCACCAAUGCAAUUCGUUAUGGAACCAUGAGGGAAAAUGUUUUGAACCUGGAGGUCGUGCUGGCUGACGGGAGCAUCGUUCACACGGGGGGGAAGGGCCGACGUUCCAGGAAGACGGUUGCAGGCUACAACCUGACCAACCUGUUUGUGGGGUCAGAGGGCACACUGGGGAUCAUCACCAAGGCUACCUUGCGCCUGUUCGGCAUCCCGGAAAGCACGGUGUCGGCUGUGUGCUCGUUCCCCUCCGUCCAGGCGGCGGUAGACAGCACAGUGCAGAUUCUGCAGGCGGGAGUACCCAUCGCUCGAAUCGAGUUCCUAGAUGACGUGAUGUUAGACGCGUGCAACAGGUUCAGCUCCCUGUCCUACGCCGUGACCCCGAGUCUGUUCCUGGAGUUCCACGGCUCCGAGCAAAGCCUGGAGGAGCAGGUCAACAUAGCCGAGAACAUCACUCAGAGUAACGGUGGUGCUGAUUUUCAGUGGGCUAAAGAUGCAGAGAAGCGGGAGCGGCUGUGGAAAGCCCGUCAUGACGCCUGGUACGCCUGUCUGGCUCUCAGACCGGGCUGCAAGGCUUACAGCACAGAUGUGUGUGUCCCUCUGUCUCGCCUGCCUCAAAUCAUAGUGGAGACCAAGGAGGACCUGAUUGAGAACAGGCUGCUGGGUCCCAUAGCGGGUCAUGUGGGUGAUGGUAACUUCCACUGUCUGAUGGUGGUGGACCCCAGUGACACGGAGGAGCUGCACAGGGUCCACCUCUUCGUCGAGAAACUGGCAAGGCGAGCCCUGGCCAUGGACGGCACAUGCACAGGGGAGCACGGAGUGGGCUUAGGGAAGAGAGCGCUGAUGUCUGAAGAGAUUGGACCCGUGGGGGUCCAGGUCAUGCAGCGUCUCAAGGACGCCCUCGACCCGAUGAACCUGAUGAAUCCUGGGAAAGUCCUGCUGCAGAGAGAGCUGUGAACCAUAUGUGGAGUCUGAUGGAAAGUCAUCGUGCAUCUCGUCACCAUGUGCUCUCGGCUUGAUCGAGACUGAUGUUGCGGUGAUGUGGUGUUUUUAGAGCAUAUUGCAGACAAACUGUUUCCUUAUUCUGGAUGAGAGGUAACGGGGAGGGAUCCAAUAGGAAGACACUUAUUUGAUGUGGGACAUGUGGGAUUGUACGUAAAUUGGCCUUUCCUCACAGCAGACGUUUUGAACUCAGAAACAGGUGUUACUAGUAACACUAACGAUGGGUCUGUGGCGUUCAAGUGUCCCAGUAAGAGUAUACCAGAAACCUGAAUUAAAAACAGCAUCUGUUCAUUUCUUUCUUUACACUUUUCCUGCUGGGGGAAGUCAAAAUGUCAGCUGUGAG